AUGUUAUGUCACGAAUCUGCUUACAAAAUAUUAAUUUACGAAAGAAUUUCAUUAUAUAAAUUUACAUUUUAAAUAUAGAUAAACAAUAAAUAUUUAAUUUAAAUGAGUGAAAAUAAAACCAUCACGGAUAAAGAUGUUUUGGAUGCAAUAAAAAAUGUUUUACGAAAAAGUGGCGAUUUGAGUAAAAUACAGGCUGAGAUGCGAGCCAAAGUUACAGAAAUUCUUCAAGACAGACAAUUCACAAACAAUCCAGGUUGCCGUAACUUCUGUCCACCUCCACCUACAGCCGAAGUACUACUUAUUAAUGAUUUGAUAAAAGAAUAUUUAGAAUGGAACGGUUACCUCUAUACAUCCACUGUACUUACCUCAGAGGCUGCACUGCCAAAAGAAAAGCGAACUAGAGCCGAGUUAUGUGCUGAAGUGGGGGUCAAAGAUGACGAGAAGUCGUCAGCUUUACCACUGUUAACGAAUAUCGUAGCAGCAUACACGGAACGAAUAAAACGCAAGAUAAGCAAGAUUAAAAAGGAUUGUACAUAAUUUGUAUUAAUAUAGUCAAACCCAGAUAAACGACAAACCUUAAGACACGAUAGUCAUUGUCUGGUACCGACGGAUGACUUCUAUAAACAAGAAACUCAGAUUACAAAGAAACAUCGAUAGGCAACAAAAAUAUCUCGAUCCUUUGGAUUCUCGCUUAUCCAGCUUUGACUGUAUUAUAACUUGUGUAUACAGGAUGUUUGUUUAUAAAUCAA